AUGACGACGGCCAAGCGUCUACCAGUAUCAAUCUCCCGCUACAUGAAUAUGAAGUACUGUAUAGGGUACGAAAGUGUAAGGGGAUGUCGCGAGAUGGGGAUGGUUCAACUCCUCUGCUGGGUUCUGGUCUUACUUGAGCUUGUCAUCAGCUGUCCUCCAAACCCUGACACGAUCCUGCCUUGCCAGUGCGCCAGCCAUGGAACUGAGCUGCAGAUCUGGUGCAGUCACAGUGAAGUGUCCAGAGUAUUGGCAGGUCUACAGGCUGUGGCCAACGAGAUGAAGCGACCUGUAGAUGAGCUGAUACUGGAGAACAACAUCCUGCCUUCAUUGCCUGGCCGGGCCUUCGCUGGUCUCAAUGUGGUUAGACUCAUGUUGAGAGACAACGGAUUACAGCGAGUUUCAGCCAACUGGCUCGCUGGGCUGGAGGGUUCAUUGCUUGAAGUCUUCAUUGUUGAGCCUGAGCUACGUAGUUUACCUGACGAUAGUCUAGACAACCUAGAUAAGAUUGAGGCUCUUACAAUCCAUGCUGGAGCACUCGUCAGGUUACCUAGGUUAUCCAAGUUGUCAAGACUUAAGUAUCUCCACACUAGACUUCCCAUGCUGGCAGACCUGAGGUCUACUAGGAUCCAUCGCCUACCUUCGCUAGAGCAAGUGCACAUUGAGUCCUCACCUCUAUUCUCCCGACUAGAGCAAUCUACAUUAGAUGAUCUGCCUAAGCUGAUGCUUCUCAACAUCACUCAAACUGGUCUAGGAUGGAUUCAUCCACGAGCCCUCACCCGUCUACCAUCUCUUGUCGAGUUAUCAUUGGUGGGAAACAAAAUCAUGGAUGCCGGUGUAGUUGGUCGAUCUAUUCGAGAACUCCCAUUCCUAUCUGUGCUCAGACUUGAUGAAAACCUUAUAGAUAAACUAGCGGAAACGACCUUUGUAGAUAUACCCCCUCUCAGAGAGAUUCAUUUAGCAAGAAACUUCAUCUCGGAAAUUCAUAGAGGCGCGUUCCACCGACUUCCUGCGCUUAGAAUUUUGGAUCUGAAUGAUAACAGGAUUAGGAAAAUUCAUCCUGAAUUCUUCCUGCAACCAUAUGAUAGCGGGCUAGAAGAGUUUAGUAUAGUUAACAAUGAACUUGAUGACAUAUUGCAGCUAAGGAUUAUAUUAGAAGCUCUUCCUCAUCUAAGGUUUCUUGACAUGACCAACAAUCGGUUGCAAGACAUUACUUACGGAGCCCUGCGAGGUCACGGGUACCUGGAGAGACUACACCUGGACCACAAUAAACUCCGUAGAGUUGUACGGGAAGCGUUCUUUGGUAUGCCGGCCCUCAGGGAACUCCGGCUCUCUAACAACUCGCUCUCAAACUACUUGGAGAUGCCUCUCUGGAACCUUCCAGCAUUGAAGGGUUUGGACAUAUCAUACAAUGAGUUCCACCGCCUGGAUCGCCGCAUGUUAGCAAGUAUUCCCUCCCUGCGCCGGCUGGAUGUCAGUGGUAAUGCCUUGGUAACAGUUGACGCUGCAGCAUUCCUCGCCGUCCCUGCCCUUGAGCAUAUCAAUCUUUCACACAACGCAGUACAUGAGUUCUCUCCCGCAACCUUCCCUCAUCUCACAAAAUUGUUUGAACUGGACAUCAGCGAUAACAGGUUACGGAGCAUGGUACCAAACCUACCUGUGACCUUGGAGUAUCUACAUGUCGCUAGAAACCAUCUUUCAGCUCUGCCUUCUUCUGAUGUCAGACUUUCUGCACUCAAAUAUCUUGACAUCUCAGGGAAUGGGAUUCACAAACUAUCGAAUGAUGGUUUCAUGUCAAUGCCUUUGCUGAAGGUGAUAUUAGCAGGGGAGAAUGCUUUGCAAUCCUUAGAGGACACAACUUUCAAGGGACUAAACAGAUUGGAGGUGUUGGACCUUCACAACAAUCGGCUCAUGUCAGUCCAUGAUACAGCCCUGAGAGACUUGCGACGGUUGGUAGUACUGGACUUGAGAGGAAACAGGUUGGACCAGGUUGGACCUCAGCUGUUGAAAGACAUGACUGCGCUGCGCCGUCUAGAUCUGAGCUGGAACCAACUGUCAAGUCUGCCAGAGAACAGUCUCAUGGACAACAGAGGGCUAGAGGAGCUGAUUCUAUCCCACAACGCCUUCAGUGAGCUGCCGUCUGACAUGCGACAUCUACGUGAGCUUCGACUGUUGGACAUGAGCUACAACAGGGUGAGCUCUGUGGCAGCUGAGCUACACUCCAUGAGCUCACUGACUGAGCUCUCCCUGGCCCACAACAAGCUUACUUCUCUCAAUGAAGGAGUGUUCAACAACAUGCCUGCCCUAGCCAUGCUGGACAUUGAGAGCAAUGAGAUACAGUUCAUGGCCCCUCACGCCAUCAGGGCGAUGCCUAACUUGACAGCAGUUCGUCUCGGUCACAACCGUCUGACUGUGCUGCCUAGUGCUGCAUUCAGCAGUCUUCCGUCUCUCUUGUCAGCUGAACUGCAAGACAAUCAGCUGACUGAUGUAGCCAGUGACGCGUUCACAGCUGUUCCCAACCUGCUGAUGCUCAACCUGAGUCAUAAUCAGCUGAGCGGUAUGGAGCGUGCGGGGUUGGCAGGCCUGCACUCUCUAGAGGUGCUUGAUCUCAGUCACAACAAGAUGUCUAACCUGAUUAGCCACGGGUUGCCUAACCUGCAGGCCCUCGUGCACUUGAAGAUGGAUGACAACAUUCUCUGCAACAUUUACGGGUCACCGUUUCAAAAGAUGUCAAGGCUGAGAGUUUUAAGUCUUCGAAACAACAAGAUGACAUCACUGUCUGAAGAGACUUUCAAACCAUUGCGUCACACUAUGUAUGCUCUCGAUAUUGAUGGUAACCCCUUGCAAUGCUCCUGUGGGAUGAUGUGGCUCCAGUCUUGGAUGAGGGAGGCUCCGUAUCUCUCCAUGGAGCCGAGAUGUCAGGAUGGAUCAUACUUGCGACAGAUGCGGAUGAGCCCGGGGGACUGCAGUUUUGUGAGAUACGACGAGCCACCAAUCCCAGGCUGCGACCGUCCAGGAGAUUUUGGAAGUAGUUUCUCAUCAGGUGUUGGACCAACCCAGCAACUAUCUAGCCUCCCAGACAGUAAAGACUCGACCAUCCGACCAGCCCCAGAGGAGUCAGAAUAUUUCUAUGAAGAUUUUGUAGAAUAUGAAGAAAACUCCACUUUGCCAUUCAACAUGUCACAGCAUUCAGGUGUGUUCACUACCACAACAGAGUCCAGCCUCCAGACUAUUCCUCCGGGAGUGUUGUCCCAUUUCAUCCCAGGAGAUACUCCCACGUUGUAUGCAGGGACUAAGCCCCCAUCCACUACUGCCACCCCACCUCCUCCCCACCCUUCUGUCUACACAAGACAACCGUCGUCUGCUUUCACCUUCUUCGGAAUGCCUCUGCCUUCAUUGGGCAGUUUCUGGGGUGCUGGCCGUGACUCGGACGGCCGAGGAAGAUUCACCAGCAACAGAGGGAGGGGGAGAGUACAGCAACUACCUCCUCCACCACCACAAGACGGCUUCAGGCCAAUACUACCUCACUCUAGUGGCGGCUUUCGGCCAAUAUUCAACCCUUACAAUGACUCAUCAAGCUCUGACCCAGGUCCAGGGUAUGAGUCUGGAGAGGAUCACGGCAGUCACAGUCCUUCCUACAGUCAGGAGUCCCUAGGGGUCAGCUCCUACAACCAUUCAGACUGGGAUAACUCCCUGGGACUGCCUCAUGCUUCUGUGUCCAAGGUGCCCCUGCCGGGCAAAUACAAGCUACAUGGACCGGAGGUGAUAUCUAGCGAGGAAGAGGACAACAAUCCUCCAGCUCCGUGGGACACCAAUCUAUCUGAGCCUCUACUGGAGAGUGGAGGUUUGGGUGGAGCUAGUGAAGAGUUCCCUCAUCCUCCUCCUAACUUGCCACCUCCUCCACCAACACCUACGCAGCAGGACAUGACAUUCGCCAUCAGCCUCCCGGAGAGUUCCCGCACCGGUACAAACAGUACAAAACCUAACACGAUGACAGCUUCCAUCUUUGUACAAGAUGAGAAAGCCAAUAAGAGUGAAGCAAGCUCAAGCUGGACGACGACAACCACAGGCAGUUUCCUCAGUGACUUGUGGGGUGCAGUAGGCUACAAGGGGAAAGGUCCUACAUCUCUGUCUGAGUUUGUGGCACCCGGGGCUCAGCUGCCGUCCCAGAAACCACCCGGAAGACCCACCAUCACCAAGGUUACGGUGACACCCCCGCUAGGUCCAGGACCAGCCCCUAUGGCUGAGGAUCUCCAAGGUCCCUUCCCCCGCCUGGCCAAGAGUCCCCCCCACCACUACUACACGACACAGCAUCAGGACGUGAAGAACGACUCUAUGAGCUGGUACUACAGCAACUACAACAAGUCUGAGCUGGAACCCUACGUGGGGCCGGGGAGAGGGACAGGCGCAGUUGUGGGGAGGGGUGGGGUAGACGAUUUGACUCAUUGUGUACAACUGAUCAGUGUAAACAUUGUUGUGGUGAUGUUUGUUUCAUGAGAUUAAGACAGUGAGAAGUUUACCAAAGAUUGUGUAUUGUUAGAUUUAGAUAAGGACAAUUAAUUGUGGCCUCGACAAAUGUUUCCUAACCUCUUUUUCAGCAUGGAUGAGUGUUAACAUGUUAGUUAUAUGGUAGUUUGUUAUUCAGUAAAAUUUACCCUUUAAUUAUUUACUGUAAAUAUUUAAAUUACUAAUUUUCCUUGGAACUAUUCUAAGGUGUACCCUUGCGGUCAAACAAUCACAUACCUCUCCACCACUAUUACAUCUAUUUCCAACCGUAUUGUGAUUUCCUUAUAACUACAACUAAACCUUUUUUUACAACUUUGUCUGGAAAUUUAUUUUUGAAAUAAGUUAACCGCAAGGACGAGCGCUGUUCGUAAAUUAGUCUUCAUCAAACUCCCGUCGCAGCAAAGCAAGCUAGAUCAAAUCUGAGACCAAUAUUUUGUUAUUUACUUAAUUCAUUAUUAUUCUGGUUGACCUCCAUGACUGUGGGGCGAUUAGUAUAGUAAUAAUAUUAGAAAACAUGGUAUAAGAAAAUUUGCACUCCCACCAACUAUUAAUUGUGUUCUUUUAUUAGGUUUCUCUAGUAAAGGGAUAACAUCCUGGUUGAUAACUGUUUCCAGUUGACAAAUGAGUAAUGAAAAUGAGCAAUUUUCUUUCACAACUUUUGCGAAUACUAUGACGAGUCUAAUCUUCGUACAUAGGUGGAGACCAGCAAGAAUACAUGUAGAAAGGAACACAAAAAUUUUCUCAGAUUUGAUCUAGCUUGCUUUGGCUGCGACAAAAGCUUGAUGAAGUCUUUCCUUUAAGGAUAGCCCUUGUAAAUUAGAAUCAAUAGUCUGGCAUUUUUUUUUAAAUACACACUAUCAUCCGAUACUACACUACAGCAGAGGUAGCACAGACAAAAUUUAUUGUGUGAUGGUGGAACCAUUGUGUACAUCAUUACAUAGAAAAUUAUCAUACUUGUGUCUGACACUGUAAAAUAUUCUUGUGAAGACAUUUGAUUUUAUCCUAAAAAAUCUGUUUUUUAAGUUGGAUUAGAGCCUACCGCUGUCAAAGAACAUUUUAGACUUGACUUUUUUAUUUGACUUUUUACUAUAAUAGCAUACUUAUUUAUGAAAAAAAAUUAUAGUCUUGGUCUUUUAUUUGUUUUAUUACAGAAAGACGACUAAAUACAAAGACUUUUUUAGAUAGUGUUUUUAUUAUUCCUGUUCAAAAAUCACUAAAAAGCAUUCAACAAAAAAUUGUGUGGAAUGGGGUAUAAAUUAAAAGAAAAACCAUUCUGUUUAAAAGCUGUGUGUAAUUAUUUUUGAAGUAAAAGUUUUUUUUAUUACUUAAACUUAGACUGAAUGAAUGGAUUUUUAAAGAUAACAAGCUUUUGAUACAGACCAGAUUUGUCACAUUCCUAUUUUGAACCCUAUUGUACAUUAUGCUUCAUAUACUUUCAUAAAACAUAGAAAACUAAAAAUUCUCAUAGUGUAGAACCAGAGUGUAGCAGUCUUUUCAUACAUAUUACAAGUAAUGUAUCCCUGUUUUAUAUGUUUGUGUUUUCUAUGACCUCUGCUGGGUAAACAAUUAAUUUCAUUAAAGUACUCUUUUCUUUUAUUUAGGAUUCGGUCUUUUUGUACAGUACGGAAAAUGUAGGGUUAAAGUGUUAUGUAACAAUUUAAGUAUAUAAUAUAGCACAGUAUAUUUCAAAAUGUAUAGUUCUAAUUUUAUAUUGUGUAAAUAUUUCAAAUAGUAUAACAGCAUCCAAUGCUAUUACAGAUUGGUCAAAAAUCUGGCUUGGAAUACAAACGAUGUGUGGAUUUGUUAGAAUUUAUUUUCAAACAAAAUACAAAAAUGUUGAAUUAGAUUUAAUUACUUUUUUGACACGGAUAUGAAUACAACUACUUUAUAGAAACUAAACUUUAUCAAUAUUUUCAAAUUACG